AGCAUUCACCUUCCCAAGGCUGCUCUCGUGAGAAUCCAGGGUCUGAAACUCAGGAUUUGCUGAGUUUGAAUUUCGAGAAUCCAGCAUUAAAUGUUUUCCUUUGUGACCUCCGCUGCCAUCGUUCUGGCUUCUCUCCGCCGCUGCCUGCCUGUGGGUUUUGGAUUCAAUUCGUCGGCCUGCCUUGCACCACCCUUUUUGCUUCAUAGAUACUCCAAAUCUCCGAAUUUUGGGUUAGUUUCUGAACAUUCUUAGCUAUUUAUUCUUUGUAAUGUUGAAAAUAUCAAAACUUUCAACCCAUGCGAGCAAAAAGCUACAAUCUUUGUUCAAAACCCAUUGUUUUGCAAUUUACUUAGGUGGGGUUAGUAGUAGAAAUUUUAGUGAUGAUGGACAUGGAGUCUUCUUGAAUGAUAACAAUGGAUUAUCAGAGUCUGAGACUGAGUGGGAAAGGUUACUUAAACCCUUUGACCUCAAAGAGCUUAGGAAGUCACUUAAUCAAAUAAGCCCCUAUCAGCUCUGUAAAUUGCUUGAGCUCCCACUUGACGUGCCCACAUCAAUGGAGAUAUUCGAAUGGGCGGGUGCCCAGAAGGGCUAUUGCCAUUCAUUUGAUGUGUAUUAUGUAUUGAUAGAUAAGCUAGGGGCGGCCGGGGAGUUUAAGGUCAUAGAUAGGUUGUUAAUGCAGAUGAAAGAAGAAGGGAUUGUCUUUAAAGAGACCCUUUUCCUUAUGAUUAUGAAAUAUUAUGGGAGUGCCAGUUUGCCUGGCCAAGCAACUAGGUUGCUUUUGGAUAUGAGGGGUAUUUAUUCUUGUGAACCAACUUUUAGAUCUUAUAAUGUUGUAUUGGAUAUAUUGGUGGCUGGGAAUUGUCCUAAAGUUGCACCUAAUGUUUUCUAUGACAUGUUGAGCAAGGGUGUUUCUCCCACUGCCUACACUUUUGGGGUGGUGAUGAAAGCACUUUGUAUGGUUGGUGAAGUGGAUUCUGCAUGCUCUCUCCUCAGGGACAUGACUAAGCACGGGUGUGUGCCGAAUUCAGUGGUAUACCAGACUUUGAUACAUGCACUCUCUAAGAAUAAUCGAGUAAAUGAAGCAUUGAAACUUUUGGAUGAAAUGUUUCUUAUGGGUUGUACACCUGAUGUUCAGACCUUCAAUGAUGUAAUCCAUGGCCUUUGCAAGCUCAAUCGGAUUCAUGAGGCAGCAAAGUUGGUUGAUCGGAUGCUUCAUCGGGGUUUCUCCCCUGAUAAUAUAACUUAUGGAGUUUUAAUGCAUGGGUUGUGUAGAAUGGGGAAAGUUGAUGAAGCAAGGGCAUUGUUGAAUAAAGUGCCAGCUCCAAAUGUCGUGCUCUUCAGUACCUUAAUUAAUGGGUAUGUGACUAGUGGACGGUUUUAUGAAGCCAAAGAUGUUAUGUACAAUUGCAUGCUAAGUAUCGGCUGUGCCCCUGAUGUUUUUACAUUUAACAUGCUGAUUCAUGGGCUUUGUAAGAAGGGUUCUUUGACUUCAGCUUGCAGAUUGGUUAAUGAGAUGGAAAUAAGGGGUUGCGAACCUAAUGUGGUAACAUACACAACAUUGAUAGAUGGGUUUUGCAAAGCAGGCCAACUAGAGGAAGCUAGUGAUGUUUUAAAUGAGAUGUCAGCUAAGGGACUUAGUCUGAAUACAGUAGGGUACAAUUGCCUUAUAUGUGCUCUGUGCAAGGAUGAAAAGGUUAAUGAAGCUUUGGAAAUGCUUGGUGAAAUGUCUAGGAAAGGAUGUAAACCUGAUAUUUUUACAUUUAAUUCUUUAAUAUUUGGACUUUGUAAGGCCAACAAGAUAGAUGAGGCCUUGGGAGUCUAUCGUGAUAUGUUAUUGGAGGGUGUAAUUGCCAACACUGUAACUUACAACACUUUGAUUCAUGCUUUUCUGAGGAGAGGUGAGAUCCAAGAAGCGUUUAAGCUUGUAAAUGAAAUGUUAUUUAGAGGAUGCCCUCUUGAUAUAAUCACCUAUAAUGGCCUAAUUAAGGCACUGUGUAAAGCUGGGGCUGUUGAGAAAGGGUUGGCGCUGUUUGAAGAAAUGAUGAGGAAAGGACUUAAUAUUAAUAAUAUCUCAUGCAAUAUUUUGAUCAAUGGUCUUUGUAGAGUUGGAAAAGUACAUAAUGCACUCGAGUUUCUAAGAGAUAUGAUUCAUCGGGGUUUGAUGCCGGACAUAGUCACUUAUAACACCCUGAUAAAUGGUUUAUGCAAGAUGAGGCGUCUUCAGGAGGCUUGGAAUCUCUUUGAUCGAUUACAACUUGAAGGAAUCUGUCCUGAUGCUAUUACUUAUAACACUUUAAUCUGUUGGCACUGCAAAGAGGACAUGCUUGAUAAUGCCUAUUUGAUUCUACAUAAGGGAGUGGAGAAUGGUUUCAUACCUAAUAAUGUGACCUGGUAUUUAUUGGUCUCCAAUUUUGUUAAAGAAAGUGCCAAGGAGAGUCAGACUUUUUCCUCAGAUCUGUUUUAGUGUCUAGAAAGAAAUUUUGCUCAUGGAAUGAUCUCUUUGUUUAAUAUCUUGAGUUAAGCUUCAGAAAGAGUUGCUUGGACAUUUGGUUUUAGCUAUUAUCCACACGUAUCUUCUAUUCUCAAGCAAGUGUAUUGCUGAUUAACCAUUGAUUCUCUUGCUUUCGAAUAUUUUGCAAUGCACAUCAUUUGAGGCUUUUGGAUCUCUGUUUGGAUAGGUCACUAGUCACCUGGAUUGUUCAGUGUAAAUGUUUGCUUUUUGGGAGCAGUUGUGCUUGAAGCUAAUCAGAAUGGCUAUGAAGAUGACUUUGGUAUGAUUUCGUACGUGAAUGUAAUUUAAGGAAAUGGCCCUUACAAAGCACAAUUUCUUGCAUUUCAUAUAUUUGGAAUUUGGGUUGGAUGAGGGAAAAGUUGGCUGGCUGUUCUUUUUUUUUGGCUCAUCUCAGUUUUGCGAUGGUUAAGGCAGAAGGUUUCACAGCAUAAUGUAUAUUUCAAAGAAGAAACAAUCAUUUCCAAACUUGAGCCAAGAUGUAUACAGCUAUUGAAAGAAAAAACAAAAGAACGAGAGAAAUACCGUGAAGUAGUGUAUGAGAGAAAAAUUGCGAAAGAGAGAAGCCAAGAUGACCACCUCUAUGCAGACAGGGACAAAUUUGUGACGAGUGCUUACAAAAAGAAACUUGAAGAGCAGAAAAAAUGGAUGGAGGAAGAAUGUUUGCGUGAACUUCGAGAGGCGCAGGAUGAUGUUACAAAGAAGAGUGACUUGAGUGAUUUUUACUUCAACAUUGGAAAAAAUUUUGCUUUUGGUGCAAAAGAUGCUGAGGUGAGGAGAUCAGAGAAGCAGGUUGAGUCAAAGAAGCCAGUGAAACUUGCCGAGUCAAGGGAGUUAGAGAAGCUUGAAUUAAAAGGCUCUGAUGAUACAUCAGAUGAAGGUCAGUCACCAAAUGCAUCAAAUGCACCUUUGAAGGUUUCAGUCAUGGAAGACAAGCAUCAAGGUGAAAGCUCCAUUCUGCCAAAGAAAAGCGUUGAAUCCUUAGAGAAAAAGCCAAUAACCAACACUUAAGAUCAAGAAAAAACUUCAGCUGAACAGCCAUCAGCAGAACAGCCAAAGCGUGACCAUCAUAAGAGAAGUGGAGAUGCUGUGGCUGCAGCUAAAGAACAGUUUUUGGAAAGGAAGAAGGCAAAAGAACAGUGAAAUCUCUCUUGGAGCAUGUUAAUACAAAUAUUAGAAACUAAAAAGAAAAGUUGUCUUGUUUUAAUCUCGAAUACCUGUAAAACAUUCUCUCAGAAGCAGAUAGUGGCUACCAUGUUUGGUUUGUGCACAAGCUUUUUGCUGUCUUUGCCUCCCCAUCAAGGACUUUUUAAGUUUUAUGAGUGAUUAAAUUACUAGUAUGGUAUGGGGCUUAGCAAUCAAGAAGGAAUUUAUUGAACUUGUCUAGGUAACACUGUGGAGCGAGACCUGUAAUUCAUCACUCAUUAGUGGAAUGUUAAAAAUUUUAUUAGAAA